AUGCCCACCCGGUGCCUGCUGCUCCUGGGGCUGCUCCUGCAGCUGCCAGCCGCCUUCUGCCAGCAAGCCCGGGGCAGCCUCCAGCCGUGGUCACAGGGCGUCAUCGCAGUGGUUGUGUUCCUAGUCCUGGUGGCCAUCGCUUUCGUGGUCAACAGGUUCUGGUGUAAGGACAAAGUGGAAAGUGCUGAGAACGUGGUGAGUGUGGAGGACAAGCCAGAUGCUGUCACGUCCAAUGGCCAUGAGGGGAGAUACGUAUCAGCUGCAGCUGACUUCAGGUCCAAAGAGAACCAGCAUGCCUACGAGAACCCUGUGGAGCCUGAGGAGAAGGUGAUCACCACAGCCAUGUAGCAGCACCCACCACCCUCCUCUGCCCUCGAUCCACUCCCGCUGCUGCGAUGGGCAUUUCCACAGAGACCCUCUGCACUGGCACCCCUGGGACUGAGGGGCCCUGGCCUCUCCACAGCACCACCACCUCCUGAUCUUCUUCUUUUCCAUCUGUGGGACAUGCUCUUGUCCCCCUUGCGCUGGUGUCCACCUGGGCAUCAGUCCCCAGGACAGGUCUGGAGGUGCCACCUCUCCUGCCUGGUGGUCACCCCGCGAGGUUGUCCCAGGUCCCAGGAGGGUGUUGACCUGUUCAAGACACAGAGGGGAUCCUGUUGAAUGCCUGGGACAUCCCCACACUCCCAGCUGUCCUCCAGGGAGCUGCUGAAGGAAAACCUGCUCUUUUCUCCCCAGUUCACCCUCCUUUUUAUGACCUACACCAUGCAUUUUAAUGUCAGAACAAACCUCCCCCUCUGUACAUAUCUUCCCGGUGAGCAAUAAAGAGAAUUGUUGCCUAUGACA